UCUCUAACAAGGUGGAAGCAUACAGAAGAGACCAUGUCUGGACAUUGAAAGACCUGCUCCCCUGGAUGUCAAUAACUACAGCUUCCACUCUAUACUUGGACGAGGAGGCUUUGGCUGGGUGAUGUUGGCUUCUUUUAGGCCAAAGAAACAACUUGUGGCAAUGAAGAUCUUGACGAAGGAGUCUGAGAAGAACGACUGCCAUGCCAUCGCUAAAGAGGCCCGUCUACUAAAAAUCAGCAGAGAAUGUGCAUUUUUAUGUCAAUCUUAUGCAGUUUUUCAGUCAGAGCUGGAAGCCUUCUUUGUCCUGGAAUAUGCCAGUGGGAAGUCUUUAGGGCAAAUGAUUUCGAGUGAAGGAAAGCUACCAACAUCAACAAUCAGGUUCUACACAGCAGAGAUGGUGGUUGCCCUCCAGUUCCUGCAUUCCAAGGGAAUCAUUCAUCGUGAUCUCAAGCCGGACAACAUAUUGAUCGAUAAAGACGGCCAUAUAAAGAUCUGCGACUUUGGUAUUGCAGAAGAAAACAUCAUUGGCCAGAGGAAGACCUACGGCUUAGCAGGAACCCCUGGAUACCGGGCACCAGAGAUUCUAUCAUAUGAGGAUUACAAUGCAGCCGUGGAUUGGUGGUCUUUCGGGGUUACAAUGUACAAAAUGGCCACAGGAGUCUUGCCGUUUUCAGCAGCAGGCAGCAUUCAAAAACAACGUUUGGUAAUUAUAAUGAAACCACCAACUUACCCAUGUGAUAUGAGCGAGGAAAUGCUGGACCUCCUGCCUAAGCUUUUGGAAAUGAAUGCGACUCAACGGAUUGGACUGAAUGGUAACAUCAGGGAGCAUGCUUUCUACAGCACCAUCAACUGGGAAGAUCUGGAGAACCGAAGACUGGAGACCCCUUUUCAGCCAGGAAUGCCACCUGUAGACGACUUCAAAGAAUUUCCGAUAACGUUCUCCCAUCAAAGUUCCAGUGAAAAAAACAAUCUGAAAGAUUUCUCCGAAGUUGAUCCCAAAUGGAAUUGGCAGGAGUAAGGCAUUACCUUUGUUCUAACAUGGGACACCAUCUUUAGUUGCUGCCUGUAACAACCUGAGGCCCUUAACAUCAUACCAUAUUUGGCAAGCUCCACCCCUAAACAACCAAUCCACCUGUAUUGUCAAACCUAAACCAUCUCCUGUGAAUGUCACCUGGUUCUACCAUCAACACCAGCACCAGACGGGAUCUUUGACUGUAGCUUCUAAAGGAUGGAAAUAGAAAGGUACUGUGGUGAGUUUACAUCUUGAAUAAAGAGUACUAAAUAAAACCAGUUUACCCCCACCCCCAAACUUCUGCCUCCCUCCUAUUCGCUUACCCGUGAUUAACCCUCAUCCUAAGUGGCUCACGCCAGUGGCAUAAUCAUAAAGGAAGUAGACCCCAUGGCCGCGGGGGGCCCGGUCUACUUCCUUUAUAUUGUCUCUCUCCUACUCCCUUAUCCCUGACUUCCCUCAUCCUGAUCAGUAAACCACACCCCAAACCUCUGUCACUCUCUUAUUCCCUCACCUAUGGUUAUCCCCUUUCCUAAAUGGGCCACGCCAGUGGCAUAAUUAUAAAGGAAGUAGACCCCAUGGCCGCGGGGGGCCCCUGGUCUACUUCCUCUAUACUGUUUCCUCCUACUCCUUUUCCU